AAACAAUUUUUUUUUUUAAAUAUAAAACUUCAAAAUUUUGAACAUGGAAGAAAAACGUCCGCCAUUAAUAUUCACGUUAUUAAAUAGCGUUAGCAGAAAGCCGCUUUGGUACUGGAGCAAAACUCCAUCAUUUGGUAAAAUUAGACGUAUAUCCGAUUUGUAUUUAAAAACUUUGAUAAUAGAAUUAACCGGAAUACAUAUCGAUAAAACAUUUAUAUCAUCGCCACCAUGUAUUAAUGAGACACUCUCACUGGAACUGCCUUGUCUAGACAUUGUUAUUAAAAAUCUUAAGCAGUAUAUGGCAUUUGAAUGGCAGAUUUUAGACAGCAAAGGCAUAAGGCGUAGAUUUCGUGCCUGCAAUUAUCGUUCCGUUGCUCGCGUGACGCCGGCACUAUGUAUCGUGCCCAUGCGUUUAGUUCCUCAUUGGAAUCGUUUGCGAAUUGACUUGAAUAUGCUCUCGUUAAAUGCAUAUGGCACGCAGUAUGUAAAAAUGCUUCGAAUUAGUAUGCAUUCCAAUUGCCAUCUACGACGCAUAACCUUAGCUGAUCGGUUCUAUACAGAGGAAGAUAUGCCAAGUGAUCUAAGGCUUACCAAUUUGGAAGAACAAAUAGAAAGGAAAGUACGGGAAACCAGACUCCUAGGCAGUAUUUGGUACAAUCCCAGCAUAAUUAUUCCAGAAAAAUGCUCCUUUGAAUUUUGAUUUAAAUUCUGUAUUUUUUAUUUCAAAAAUAAAAAUGUUUAUUAAA